UUGCAAUUAGAAAUACAGAAAAGAAGAGUCAGAAGCCGGAGUUCUUCCUCUGCGAGUUUGGGACACUGUUUCUGAAAAACCAAACAAAUAAUAGAAUGGAGCUAAGGAGGAAGGUGAUGGAAGGUGUUCUUAAGAACAGUAAGAAUCCAAAAUUGGCGUGGCAAUUGGUGAAGCGCGUCAUGUCUUCCCCUUCCUCUGCCUCUUCCAUCGCCGAUCACACUCAGCACCUUGUCACCAUCACAACACGCAUCCUUGUAGGCGCCAACAUGCACCUUCAACUCCACGACCUCCACAAACUCCUCCUAGCCUCUCAGCCGCACCACAUUGCGCAGCCUUCCAUCCUUUCCAUGGUCCGAGUCCUCGCCCAAUCGGGUCACAUCGACGAGGCCCUCACACACUUCAAAUCCUUCAGAGCGCAAUUCCCGUCAUCCCCUCCCUCCCUCUCCUUCUACAACCUCCUCCUCCGCUCCUCCAUCCAACACAACCACCCCAACCUCGUCACGUGGUUGUACACUGACAUGAUCGCCGCACGUGUCACCCCUCAGACCUACACCUUCAACCUCCUCAUCCAGUCUCUAUGCGACUCUCGCGCCUUCGACCACGCCCUCCAACUGUUCGACAAAAUGUCCCAGAAAGGAUGCCACCCCAACGAGUUCACUCUUGGGAUUCUGGUCCGUGGCUUGUGCCGCGCUGGUCGCGUCAAACAAGCCUUGGAGCUUGUUAACAAUAGUUAUAGCAAUGGCAAUGGAAAUGACAAUAACAGUUCGUGUCGUAUUGCUAACAGGGUCGUGUACAAUACUCUUGUUUCUGCAUUUUGUAAACAGGAGCUAAAUGAUGAAGCUGAGAAACUUGUUGAGAAGAUGAGCGAGGUAGGGUUGUUGCCUGAUGUUGUUACUUUUAAUUCGAGGAUUUCUGCGCUUUGUAGAGCUGGAAAGGUUCUUGAGGCAUCGAGGAUUUUCAGAGAUAUGCAGAUGGAUGUGGAAUUGGGGCUUCCUAGACCCAACGUUGUAACUUAUAAUUUGAUGCUUAAGGGGUUCUGUAAGCAUGGGAUGAUCGAGGAUGCAAGGGGUUUGGUUGACACUAUGAAGAAAGCUGGGAAUUUUGUCUCUUUGGAAAGUUAUAACACAUGGUUGUUGGGUUUGCUCAGGAAUGGAGAGCUAUUGGAGGCUCGGUUAGUACUUGAUGAAAUGGCGGCAAAAGGCAUUGAACCGAAUGCUUACACGUAUAACAUUAUGGUGGAUGGGUUAUGCAGAAACCAUAUGUUGUCAGAUGCAAGAGGGCCGAUGGAUGUGAUGAUUAGCAAUGGGGUUUACCCGGAUACAGUUACUUAUAGUACACUCCUGCAUGGAUACUGCAGUAAAGGGAAGGUUUUUGAAGCUAAACGUGUUCUUCAUGAAAUGAUAAAGAAUGGCUGUCAGCCGAAUACUUAUACCUGCAACACGUUGCUGCAUAGCCUGUGGAAAAAGGGGAGAACGCAAGAGGCAGAGGAAAUGCUGCAAAAGAUGAAUGAAAAAUCCUAUCAACCGGAUACUGUAACCUGCAAUAUUGUGGUCAAUGGUCUCUCUAGAAAUGGAGAAUUGGACAAGGCAAUGGAAAUUGUAAGUGAGAUGUGGACUAAUGGACCAACAUCCCUUGAUAAAGGAAACACAUUUGCCACUCUAAUUAAUUCAAUUACUAAUGUAUCAAAUUGCUUGCCUGAUGGAAUCACAUACACAACUUUAAUUAAUGGACUUUGCAAAGCUGGGAGGCUAGAGGAAGCCAAAAAAAAGUUUAUUGAAAUGUUGGCAAAAAACUUGCACCCUGAUUCUGUAACUUAUGAUACAUUCAUAUGGAGUUUCUGUAGACAAGGGAAGAUAUCAUCGGCUUUUCGUGUCUUGAAGGAUAUGGAGAGAAAUGGUUGUAGCAAGACUCUUCAAACUUAUAAUGCCUUGAUCCUGGGUUUAGGAAGUAAAAAGCAGAUAUUUGAAAUAUAUGGAUUGAUGGAUGAGAUGAAAGAAAAAGGGAUAAGUCCAGAUAUUUUCACUUAUAAUAAUGUAAUCAGUUGCCUUUGCGAAGGAGGAAAAGCAAAUGAUGCCAUUUCGCUUUUACAUGAAAUGUCGGAUAAGGGCAUAUCUCCUAAUAUAUCUUCAUUCAAAAUAUUGAUCAAAGCCCUCUGCAAGUCUAGUGAUUUUAAAGUAGCUUGUGAACUACUUGAGGUAGCUUUGAGUAUAUGCGGCCACAAAGAAGCCUUGUACAGUUUGUUGUUCAAUGAAUUAAUAGCUGGAGGACAACUCUCUGAAGCAAAGGAGCUAUUUGAAGCUUCGUUAGAUAGAUAUCUCACAUUGAAGAAUUUCAUAUAUAAAGAUUUGAUUGAAAGACUUUGCCAGGAUGAAAGGUUAGCAGAUGCUAGUAGCCUUCUUCAUAAAUUGAUUGAUAAGGGAUAUGGAUUCGAUCAUGCAUCAUUCAUGCCAGUGAUUGAUGGCUUAAGUAAAAGAGGAAACAAGCAGAAAGCGGAUGAACUAGCAAAGAGAAUGAUGGAAUUGGCAUUAGAAGAUAGACCUGUCGAUAGGACUUAUCAAAACAAAAAGAGAAUCAUUCCUGGAAAACUACAUAACGACGGAGGAACUGACUGGAAGGACAUAGUUAACAGGGAUGCCGGCAGUGGAAUUGCACUGAAAACUCUUAAGCGUGUGCAGAAAGGCUGGGGUCAAGGAAAUAUAUCUAGUUUGCAGUCUCAGCCAAAUGAUUUUCUUGAUUACUAUGAUGGCAGUGGUUAAUUAUUUGUUUCUGUUGGAGAACUUUUAACCCUUCCCUAAGUUUGAUUCUCGAAGGUGGAACAAGAGGAACAGCAGAUCAUAGAAUGUAAAGGUUUGAGGUUGGAAAUAUUAAAGACCUCUCUAUAAGUAAAGGUUUUCAAUCAAAUUUGUGUUCAGUGGGAAAGGUUUUGGAAGCCGAGGCGUACUUUAACCCUCUGGAAGAUAAUAGUAUUGAAAUCUAUUCUGUCACGGUUAAUGGCUAUUCAAAAGUUACAGCUUCACUGUGCCAGACUGGGGAUAUGAAGAAAGCUCGCCUUUUUUUUUAUUCGUUUAGUAAAUAGAGGACUCACCCCUGAUGUUAUAAUUUACACAAUUAUGAUAAAUAGUUAUUGUAGGAUGAACUUCUUGCCAGAGGCCCAUAACCUCUUGCUAGAUAUGAAGAGAAGAGGAAUCAAACCUAAUGUCAUUACCUACACAGUUUUACUUGAUGGAAACUUUAAUUCAAAUUUAAGGUGUGUCUCGUCAUGGAGAAGGAAAUAAGACAUCAUUGAAAGUUUCUUCCAUCUUGAGAGAUAUGGAGCAAAUGGAAAUAAAUCCGGAUGUUGUUUGUUACACUGUGUUGAUUGAUGGACACAUGAAGACAGAGAACAUUCAAGAAGCAGUAAGCCUAUUUUGUAAAAUGAUUGACAGUGGACUAGAACCAGAUACUGUAACAUGCACUGCUCUGUUCUCUGGCUUACUUAGGAGAGGGCACAUAAAAAAACCAUUAUACUGCUUAAUGAAAUGUAUUCCAAGGGAAUGGCACCAGAUGCGUGUGUCAUCUCAGCUUUAAAAGCGUGGUAUUGUAAAAGCUACAAGGGUGCAUUUUCAUUAGAAGUUUGUCAGUUAGACGGUUUGCACUUGGAUUUAUUCUGAUUUCUAAAGUUUAUCCAGUCAAAACCUAAAGUUAAAGCAAAAUCACAUAUGCUAUUGGCUUAUUUGCUAAGACGUAUGACUGAAACAUGGUCUUUUAAUUACUGAGCUGAAGGAUUGUGUUUCUUUCUACAGGUUGAAAAGAGAAGGACUGUGCUGAAAUUGCCUAUUUGUUACCAGGUCAUUGCAGGUAUGUUUGGAUAUGCUUUAUACAACGAGGUGUGGCCAACUAACAAGUUCAUAUCAACGAACAACACAAAAGCUGUUCUUGGUGAUGACAGGAACCUUUUUCUUUCAGAAGAAUCAGAACAUGAGAAAGAGGUGUGGCAAAGCUUUGAGAAUCGAACCGAUACCUUUGUGCCGGGUAUGUCACUACCAAUUAAUGCUGGAAGGAGUAUGUUCAGGUUGUGAAAAUCAGCAACGGAUCCUUCACUGGGAAACUACUCAAUGGGGGUUGACUCUGGGGGAUCAACUAUACAGAUUUUGAUUUUGGAUGGGGAAAAAAGGAGGUGGAGAACUGGGUAUUGGGAUGGUAGAGUAUUCACUGGUGUCUCUAAUAUGACAGGAAGCUCUGUUUUUGGUAUUAAACUUAAUGGGAAUCAGUUUACAUAUACAUGGAAUGAACCUGAAAAGGUGAGGUUUCAGAUAACCUAGGAUGGGUUUGAAAAGAAGUUUAUAUGGAAUGAAGAUGAAACGCAAUGGAAUAAUACACAACACGAGCCUUAUAAUAAGUGUGAGCAUUAUAAUUUUUGUGGCAAUUUUGCAGUGUGUGAUAUCUCUAAGGCAUCUGUUUGUAGUUGCUUGCAAGGGUUUCAACAAGGGGAAUGGAGUGACUGGAAUGGGGGAAAUUUAGGGGUUGUAAGAGGAGGACUCCACUGAAGGCUGAGAGAAAUAGUUCUGGAACAGAGAUUAAUGUUGGUGAGGAUAGUUUUUUCGUUUAAAGCUGUACAAAGUUGCCAGAUUUUGCACGUUUGGAGAGUCCUUCUAACGAUGAGGAAUGCCAGCGGUUUUGCCUGCAGAAUAGUUCUUGUACUGCGUAUUCAUAUACAAUUGGAAUUGGUUGCAUGAUUUGGUAUGUGGACUUGGUCGAUGUUCAACACACCGAAAAUGAUAUUGGAAGUGUACUCAACAUCCGUCUUGCUGAUUCUGAGUUAGUAGCAAGCGAUGGAGAGAGGAAGUCCAAAACUUGGAUAAUAAUAAUAAUAAUAACUGUUGUGGUGGGGUUGAUCUGCCUUGGGAUCUCUGUAUUGCUGGUAUGGAGGUUUAAGAGAACGUGAAGGUUGGAAUACAUUUGAGUAUUGGGACAAUUCCUUGUUCCUGGAUGCCAAGGGAAGGCAGAUGUUUACCUAUGAUGCAGAAUGUUCAGAAUCUGAAAGAAUUUUCUAGACAAUUGGUCAGGGUUUGAUGUGGCUAAAAUGCUUUUCUGCUGGUGAAUCAAUAUCCAGGUAAAAAAUAUUAGAAUAACUGUAAUACUACCACAUUAUCUCCUUGAGUGGUUUAUGCAACUUAGGCCUGAAUUUACAGUAAAAGGGUCAUAAUUAAUAUUAAAAAUGUAAUUGAAAACCAUAAUAUGUUAAUAUUAUUAUUCAAUGAUGGAUAUUCUGAGAUGUAUAAGGUUCACCAAUGAACCAUUCAUUCGGUUUUUAUCUCAUUUCGUCCAUUUCAAUUCCUACUUCCUUAAUUUGUUUGUUUUAUUUCUGAUUUACCAAUUGGAUCAUCUCUUAUCUGGAUGGUGAUUUCCAUUUAAGUUUUCUGCAUCACGUUGAAAUAUUGUCAUGCACUGGUAUAGGUUGAAAUAUUGUCAUGCCUAUCUUAGUUUGAUUCCCAUACAAAAGAUUUUAAACUAGAGUUCAAAAAUGUUAACACAUCAAAUCAAGUAAUUUUGAAUUGCAAUUUUCUUUGAUCAUGUGGUUAUCUAAUUAA